AUGCAUCUUUCUCCGUCAUGGUACCAGUUCCUGGUUGGCGUCUUCGCCUCACUCGGAUCAUUUCUCUAUGGAUAUGAUCUCGGUGUUAUUGCAGAAGUGAUCAUCUCCAAGUCUUUCGUCGCGAGAUUCAAUAAUCCGGAUUCCACACAAACUGGACUGGUUGUUGCGAUGUUUACCGCUGGUGCCUUCUUCGGUGCCGGAUUCGCAGGUAUCACCGGUGACUACCUGGGACGACGAAAGACCAUCUCGCUAGGCUGUGUGAUAUUUUGUCUGGGAGGUGGUCUGCAGACCGGUGCGCGCAACAUCGCAUUUCUUUACAGUGGUCGAUUUCUGGCUGGACUAGGUGUCGGUUUCCUGACGAUGAUGAUCCCCCUGUACCAGGCUGAGAUCUGCCACCCGAAAAUCCGAGGCCGGGUGACGGCGCUGCAACAGUUCAUGCUGGGAGUUGGCGCGCUCUGCGCUGGGUGGAUCUCGUACGGCACGUAUGUUAAUUUUUCGGGUGACAACGACGCGCAGUGGCAAUUGCCGUUGGGUAUUCAGCUCGUUCCAGCGGUCUUCCUUGGAUUGUUGAUCAUGUUCUUCCCUGAGUCGCCCCGUUGGCUCAUUGAUCACAACCGCCCGGAGGACGGUUUGCGUACUCUGGCCAAACUCCAUGCGAACGGCAACGAGAAUGACCCCUGGGUCCGGGCAGAGUAUGCUCAGAUCCAGGAGAGCAUCACCUAUGAGCAUGAGCACGAGGCCAAGUCCUAUGUCGAGCUGUUCAAGAACCGAUCGUCGUUCCGCCGUCUGUUUCUGUGCAUGGCACUUCAAGCUUCCGUGCAGAUGACUGGUGUAUCUGCUAUCCAAUACUACUCAGUGUCGAUCUAUGCACAGAUCGGAAUCAGUAGUCAAGACUCACUGAAGUAUCAGGCAAUCAACAGUAUCAUUGCUCUGAUCGCUCAAUUCUUUUGUAUGAUGCUCAUCGAUCGAUUCGGUCGACGCUGGUCCCUGAUCGGCGGCAACCUGGGCAACUGCGCUACCUUCAUCGCCGCUACCAUCCUGCUGGCCAAAUUCCCUCCCACGACGCAGAACACCGGCGCGCACUGGGGAUUCAUCAUCAUGACCUGGCUAUACAACUUCUCCUUCUCAGCGACCUGUGGUCCCCUAUCUUGGAUCAUCCCCGCUGAGGUAUUCGACACGCGCACCCGGUCCAAGGGUGUCUCGAUCGCGACAAUGACCUCGUUCGCCUUCAACACCAUGAUUGGGCAGGUCACCCCGAUUGCGAUGAGCCACAUCCACUAUCGGUUUUAUUUCCUUUUCGUCAUCUGCAAUUUCACCAACGCCUUGUUCUUCUAUGCCUUGCUGCCUGAGACGAAGAAGGUGCCGCUGGAGGAGAUGAACUAUAUGUUCUCCCAUGCGCCGUGGAUUGUGCCGGGGAUUCGCAAGGAGGAUUACUUGCCUCAUGACUUGGAGCGUAAGGUCGAGGAGCAAGAGGUGAAGCAGGACACGGCCCACUUUGAGUAG